AAAAAAAACGGAAACUUUCCCGUCUCCUCUUUCUCUCUCCCUUCUCCUCGAAAUCAUUGCAGUUAUCGUCGUCGUCGGGAUUUAAGCCUAACGACGGCGACGGUUAACAACAACGGAGGAGUUGUGGUGGUGGCGGCUCUAUUUACUUUCAAGGAGCGUUUGAAAAUUUCUCAAUUCGAGACUUUCUUCAUCGGAAUUCACCCCGAUCAUCGUGAUUCCCCAUGGAUUUGUCGCUUCUGUAGGUACAAAUUAGGGUUUUUUUUUUUUUGCUUCGUUUGAUCGAUUUGGGGGUCCGUAGGAGAAGUUGAAUUGUAGAAAUGCCGUUCAAGAACAUAGUACGCGAGCUUAGGGGUCGUAACAAAGCCAAUGGUAGGCGAGGAAGGUCUCACAUUGCUCCAGAAGGAUCUUCUUCUUCCUCUCCAUCAGCUGAUGGUUGUUUCGAUCAGAGCGUUUGGGUUGAUUUGCCUCCUGAGUUGCUUCUUGACAUCAUCCAUCGAAUCGAGUCUGGUCAGACGUCCUGGCCGGGGAGGAGAGACGUUGUUGCUUGCGCCUCGGUUUGUAAGGCCUGGAGGGAGAUGACUAAAGAAGUUGUUAAAGUUCCUGAGCUCUCUGGUCUCCUCACUUUUCCAGUUUCAUUAAAACAGCCUGGCCCUAGAGAUGAUCCGAUUCAGUGCUUUAUCAAACGGGAGAGAGCCACUGGGAUAUACCGUCUCUAUCUUGGUUUAAGCCCUGCGCUUACCGGGGACAAGAGUAAGCUCUUGCUAUCGGCUAAGAGGGUUAGGAGGGCGACUGGUGUUGAGUUUAUUGUAUCUUUGUCUGGAAAGGACUUCUCAAGAGGUAGUAGUAAUUACAUAGGAAAACUAAGAUCGAAUUUCCUUGGAACUAAGUUCACGGUUUACGAAAACCAACCUUCUCCGGUUGAUUCAGGAAGAUCAUUUAACAAGAAACUAUCACAAACGAUGCGUGUGUCUCCAUGGGUAACUUCAUCUACUCAUAGUUACAGCAUGGCUUCGAUCUUGUAUGAGCUGAAUGUCCUCAGAACCAGAGGUCCAAGAAGAAUGCAAUGUAUCAUGAACACUAUCCCAGUUUCUUCUAUUCAAGAAGGGGGACAGAUUCAUACUCCGACCGAGUUGUCAAACCUAGGAAGCAAGAAGAAGAGAGGGCUGAUUGAUUUCUGGUCAGGGAACUUGGGAGGAGAAUCCGUCGUGAAGGAACCAUUAGUCCUGAAAAACAAGUUACCGAGAUGGCACGAGCAGCUUCAGUGCUGGUGUCUUAACUUCAAAGGACGAGUCACGGUUGCCUCCGUGAAAAACUUCCAGCUAAUGGCAGCUGCUGCAGAAGCAGGGAAGGACAUGAGCAUCCCUGAAGAGGAGCAAGAGAGAGUGAUAUUGCAGUUUGGGAAGAUAGGGAAAGAUACAUUCACCAUGGAUUAUCGUUACCCGAUCUCUGCAUUCCAAGCUUUUGCCAUUUGUUUAAGCAGCUUCGACACAAAGCCUGUUCGAUGAAUGAACUAAAGGAACAUAUCAACGUUAUGUUUUCUAUUUGCAGUUGUUGUGUGUUAAAUGAAUGUACAUACGUUCCUUGGAGCAAACAAUCAGAUCUUUUCCAUUAUACUUUA